UCGAUUCCUUCUUUAUGUUUAUUUAUAUCGGUAUUUUUACUUGAUCCGUUAAAUAUUUAAACAGAAAGCUUGCUGAAGUGGAGACUGACAAAAAAUUACAAAACAGCCUACCAUCUGUGAACUGGCCGCAUGCAGUACGCUGUGUUCUGUAACAUGCUAUUCUGUCAUUCCCUGCGCUGUCUCUUCACAUGAACAUUGUCAAUAAUUGAUUCACAUGAAACUGUGAUUCUACUGUUAGUUAAUAACUGCUAGUUAAAGCUGCGGUAGCAGGAUCCGCCUUGCAUGCCUUCUGGCUGACUGCAUGAUUAUGUUGUUAAACUGAAUUUAAUUUCGUUCAUAUGUGAAUGUUUUUCAUAACCUUCCAAUUGAACAUACAGUAGGCCUAUACGUUUCCUGUGGACAUGCAGCGGUCAGUCAAGUCUCUCCUAAACUUUAACCCUGGGCCCACUCGCUGCUGUUCUGGAUAUGUGUCUCGAAUGAGGCACCUUAUGAAAAUAAAGGAGGAUGAUGAGGCGUGUCGAGAAGCACUGAAGUGUGGGAGUUUUCUGCUGUAUCAUAAACUUGCUCCUCUGCUGCAUAAAACAACCAGUGGCCUUUACAAAUUGGCCUCUCUGAAAACUUCAGAUUUGGAGAAAAUAUUGGAGAAGGUUGGAAAGGACAAACACUUUGUUAAUGAAUCUGUCCUUCUGGGAUGCUCUGACAAGGGUAUACCACAGUUCUCACUGGAAAUGGGUCAGUACUAUGGUGAGAUAGACCACAGUGCUUUGGAGCAGCAGUGUGGAGGUGUGUUUGUGAACCUCAGGAAAGCCUUCUUCAUGUUAUCUGGAUCAGAUGCUCCACUUGUGGCCAAAGGUCAAGCUGUACUUCGAUGGCACCAGACCAAUGGCUUCUGCAGUGCCACAGGUCAGCCCACCAUCAGAAACCAGUCAGGAAGUCUUAGAGUCUGCCACAGCAGUGGCAUCACAUACUAUCCCAAAAUGGCACCAGUGGUGAUUGUGCUGGUGUCUGAUGGCAGCAGAUGUCUGCUGGGGCGGCAGUCCAUGUUUCCUGCAGGAAUGUACAGCGCUCUCGCUGGAUUCUGUGACAUGGGAGAGUCAGUGGAGGAAGCCCUUCACAGAGAGGUGGCGGAGGAGGUGGGUUUAGAAGUUGAGACCCUGCAGUACUCUGGAUCACAGCACUGGCCGUUUCCACAAAGUUCCUUUAUGAUAGCCUGCCAUGCAACUGUAAACCCGGAUAAAACACAGGUGAGUGUAGACAAGGCCGAACUUGAGGAUGCUUGUUGGUUCACUGUUGAAGAAGUUACAGAAGCACUGCAAAUGAAGAAACCGCCACGCAACCGUAAAGGAGAGCCACCUGUAUUCUGGGUCCCACCCUCUUAUGCCAUAGCCAAUCAGCUUAUUCAGGAAUGGGCCAAUCAGCAACAGCUAAAAAGACAGUGACAUGGACUCAGGACAUUAUUUGAACAAUAACUAUGCAUCGAAUGGAUUACUACUUACACAGAAACUUAAUAAAAUGGACAAGAGAAUUUAACAAACUGGAUUUGCUGUGAUAACCAGAACACACCGAAGUGGACUGUCUUUCAUUUGUAAAGAAAACUUCAGAAAUAUCAAAUGGAGUAACAUAGAUUGUAUUAGUAUUAUGCCUGGACUCGUGCACAGCUAAAUGUGAAAGAUUGCAUGAAAAGAUAAUUAUUAUAAUUAUGAGGUGCAAAAGUCUGAGGCCACAUAUAAAAUCUUCAACACUAUUUAUAGAUGAUUAACAUAGCAAAUUUCUGACAUGCUUCCAAUGAAAAUAUACAUUGCAACAAUAAUUAUAAAAAAAUAUGCAUUUAUAUAAUUUUCACUCGUGGUCUCUGACUUUUGGAAUUGAAUGUUUUGUUAAGUGAAAUGUUUGUGGAUUGCAUUUUAAGCCUUACGAUUUCUACCUCAUCUAGCUCAAAAAAAGAUAUUUUUAUGGGUGAAAGGAGAGAUUUAAAUAAUUUGAACAGUCAUCUGGAAACAAAAUGUAAAAUGUGGUGAAAUUUUUUAUCUAAUUUGGUGUCCCUGGUCAAAAAUGACCGGCCUAUUAAAAAUUGCCUAUAAAUCUCUCGUUAUGCUAUAUUAUCACGGAAUACUGUAUUAUAUCUUUGUGCCAACUUGUUUUCUUUCAAUUAGUACAGGAUUUGUAUUCCUUUUUGGAGCUUAUUGAUCGUAGGCCUCAUUGACCUGAGCUUAUACACCACAAGUGUGACUUUGUGCCAUUUUGUACAAAAUAAAAGCAUUUCAAAACAAACUUCCUGGUUAAACUUUUAGCUGGUUAAUUAAAAGCACACUAGUGUGAUAAAUAGUACAGAAUGUUUUUAUAUUUAAUAUUGCCAAAAGUAUCAACAUAUAAUGCUUUUUUCACUCAAAAACAGGGGUUCAUAAGCUCAGGUCAAUGAGGCCUAUGAUUGGGAACACCAAAAAAUAAAAACAUAAUAAUUUCUUUUUUGGGGGGGGUUGUGAUACCUUAUGUGAACAAUAGUUAAACACAUUAAACUAGAGCACGCUACUGGAUUGGUGUAUGAACCAUUUAAACGGGAUUAGAUCAUAGCUUAAGUGGGCACAGUGGACCCUAGUAAGAGUAGACAUCAUAUUUAACUUGAUGCUAAUGACAAUGAGGCUGUAUGGAAUAGACAUACAGUUUGUUCAAGUGGUUUUACUUCCAAUUUUAAGAUUGACAACUUUCAGAAUUUCUUUCAGAAUAAUUUUAAUGAUUUCCAGUGUUGCAUGCACUGGAAUUAUUUUGGAAAAACUCAAUGUUGUGUGGGAUGAAGAAUCUAUAAGCGGCCUCACAAAGCAAGGUCGAUUUUUUUUUUUUUUUAAAUAUACUAAACCUGUGACCGAACCAUGUACUGUAACAGUAUGUACUGUAUUUAA